AUGCCGGGCUGCGUUCAUGGGGUGUGCCACCAACCUUGGCAGUGCAUGUGCCAGAGCGGCUGGGCAGGCAAUUUCUGUGACAAAGACCUCCACCUAUGCGAAAACUCAGAUCCCUGUCAGAAUGGAGGCCAAUGUGUCAUCACUGCAGAUGGAGAGUACACCUGUAACUGCCCAGAACCCUUCCAUGGCAAAAACUGCGAGAUGAAAAGAGGACCCUGCGAGGCGGAAGGGUUUCCCUGUCUGAAUGGCGGCACCUGCCAGGACAAUAAUGGAUUUGCAGAUGCAUUCAUUUGCCGCUGCUUGGCCGGAUAUGUCGGUCGACUGUGUGAGACAGAUGUGGACGAUUGCUUGAUGAGGCCUUGUGCCAAUGGAGCCACCUGCGUCGAUGGGGUGAACCGCUUCUCAUGCGAAUGUCCUUAUGGUUUCCAAGGUCGAUUCUGCACAGUCAAUAUUAAUGACUGCGUUGGGCAGCCAUGCCAGAAUGGAGGACGCUGCUUUGACCGUGUCGGGGACUACGAGUGUUACUGUGCUGAGGGAUUUACCGGGAAAUCCUGUGAGAUCCCAAUUCCCAGGUCUACAUGGGACUACCAGGUUGUGACAUCAGCAAAGGACCCCACUCCUCAGACGCUGCCAACAAGGACAGUUGGCACAAGCCGCUGGAGUCCCGUUUCCGUGGACAAAGCUGGACACUUCAAAAUCUCAGUCAAGGAAGUGGUGACCCAACGGGAACAUGGGCUGAGCGAACUGCAGAUAAUCAUUGUCAUCGUGUUUGGGGUCAUCACUGGCCUUGUGGUUCUGCUCACUGUGGGUCUAGUCUUGUGGUACCGACUUCGGGCCACUGGUCAGCCAGGCUGGUGUAGUAACUCUUCAGCAGACACCAAAACCCACUAUCAGCAGUGCCAUGGGACUGCCCCAGAGAACCGGAAAACUACGGAGCUGUGA